AUGGCAAACUCUGCUGCGAAACCCAAGUUUAGUCUGAGACUUCUCAUUGAUGAGGAGAAAAACAGAGUUGUUUUGGCUGAAGCUGGGAAAGAUUUUGUUGAUGUCUUAUGUAGUCUUCUUACACUUCCUAUGGGUACCAUUGUCAGGUUGCUGGAGAAGCAUCAAACUCCUCAAUCUCCUGUUGUUGGUUGUUUCCACAAGCUUUACAAAAGUGUUUCAGACAUGAGCGAUGAUAACUUUGAGGCACAGGCUUGUAAGAAUCUGUUGCUGUAUCCACGGAGUGUCAAGGAGAGUCUUUCCAGAAAGCUAAAGCUGAACAUAGAUGAUACCGUGGCCACCGGGUUCUUUAUCUGCCCUUAUUUUAUGUCCAAUGAGUCUUGCUGUAAGGUAUACAGCAACACUAGUGCCUCACGUUGUUGUUAUUGUGGAAGGGCGAUGAGCUGUGAGAUUCAGGUUCAGGGAGAGCUAGCUGAUGGUGUCCUCCCUAGUUGCAGAACGUCAUUCAUCAUCACUGAUGAUCUGAAAGUGUCACUGAAUUCGAUGGGUCUUGUCCUGAAUGUCCUUAAUGAUCUUGGCUAUGCUGGUUUUGAUAAGCUGCAAGAAAUGCUUAUUGAUGUUGGUUCUGAAGAGGUGCUAACAUUGCUAGGUUGUUUGUUCACUUCGCAAGUUCCUUUAACAGAUACAUUUCUGAAGAAACAUUGCAUGGCAAGGAAGCGCAAAGUGUUGACACCACUGGUGCAAGAAAUUGUUGUGUCAGGAGAUCCUGACAAAUGUGUAACUAUUAAGGUUUACAUUAGAAAGACAGACAUGACGAUUCUUUUUGCGGAGUGCAGAGAAGACUUCAUUGAUCUUCUAUUCACUUUUCUUGCCAUACCUCUUGAGUUUGCUUGUGAACUUUCUGUUGACAAUGUCAAUAUGGGCUGUGUUGGAAAUAUUUGCAGAAGUUUGAAAGAUUUGAGCUAUGAGAAGCCAAAAGAAGUCACAGAUUCCAAAUGUAUGCUUCCUUACCAUUAUAAUUUCAGGGCACAACUGCUUGAUAUUGCCAUUCAGGAAGGAGAUUCAGGACUUGAAUGUUUGAUCCCAACAAGUGGUGCAAGUUCAGAUUGCAUGUUUUCCAGAAAGAUUAAGAAAGAUGUGCUUUCUAAAGGUGAAAGGAUUGUGAAGUUCGCACCAAUGCAUUCAAACCCACCAAGUUAUGUUGGGGUUGGAUUUGUAAAGGGAGAAACUAGUUUCAUAGUGUCAGAUGAUCUCUUUAUCACACCGAUGAGCACAUCAUCAACAAUCUCAUUGUUAAGCAAGUUGCAGUUGAACAUCAGUGAUAUUGAUGAACAAGUUAUCAACAUCACAAAAGCAGAGGCCGUUAAUUUGCUGAGAGCUUCCUUGAUCACAAAUUCUGCAUUAACCAAUGGUCUCUCCAAUUUCCUCUCAAAGAUGGAGCCACAGGAAGCAACUCCAUCAUCAUCUAAGAAUCCAAAAACUCAAAUGCCCCUUUGA